UGUUGAAAGUUUCGAGUUGUAUCAGUCUUUGGAUAAUGCAAACAAUAUACCAAUUAAAAGAACCACAAAUUGACAGGGAAGAGGACGUCAGGACAAUUAUACAGACGUUUCUUUUUCAGUUCUCGGAGAAGGCGUACGGUGGGCCUUCGUUCAAUCGCCCGGCUUGCUGUUUUGCGCCACAUAUUUAUGGAGCCGGCAAAACAUUUGUAGGCCAAAACUUUUUGGCCUAUUUGAAUAUUUUUGCAGAGCGUGAGUGUUCCAAUGCACAGACUUUUCAACAACUACACAGUUCAAACGAUAACCCCCAACCGAGUGAGUUGAAAGUGCCUUGGAAACACUUUGCGGAACAAACUUUGUCAGUUAUCUUAGAACUAAGAGAGAGCUUUUCUGAUGCUCCUUUUCCAAGUUUUCGAAAGGCUUUGAUGUAUAAUAUUAUUUUGAACGCUUACCGACAAAAUGGUAAAGAUGCGGACGCUCUUCAAAUAGCCGAAAGGACGGUAAAGAAUUUUGAUAUUGUAGGAGCUAUUAAUUGGCUUCUCGAACAAUUUCAGAAACGAUAUUUAUUUUUGAUGAUAGACGAACUUAGCCACCUGAGUUACCUCACCACAUACUAUAGUGAACUUACCACGAAACAGUUUUUUGAGUCUGACCCAAAAUAUGUACCUUUCCGCAAUUUCUUCCGCAUUCUACGUAGUUUUUUGAUUACAGGGAAGGUAAUUGUCUAUGUGGCAGGUCGAACUGCUGAAAUCUCAGCCCCCCUGUCUGAUGCUCGCUCCAGUAGAGUGAGUCUCCGUAUGUUGCGGUUGAAUCUCUUUAACCUCCAUGAUAUUAACGAAUAUAUUGAGCUGGCAACUUAUGAUGGAAAGUCCUUGAAGGACUGUUUAUUGCCCUCUGAUGAAUUACGAUAUCGAUUCGUAGAAUUGUUGAAGAAGAAGACAGGGGGUAUUCCGUUGAUUGUAAAGAAUACUUUACUAGCCCUAGUAGGGAAACUUGCAAACUUAUCGCAACCUGUUACCAACGAUGAAAAUAUGGAACUUUUGUUAGAUAGUGUCUUUAGCUCUUUACUACUAGAGUCAGUAACGUUUAUUAUUCCAGAGAUACUAGAUUCCGCAACCCUUCUUCGAUAUCAAUUUGUCCUUUUGAAUUAUCAGCUCGGGACAGUUUUUCCAAUUAACUUUGUAAUUACUAUAUGCGGAACGAGAACUUAUUUGAUGGACUUGGUUGCAACUUUUGGGUUUUACUCUGAAAUUUGUGGUACUGACGGGAUUGAUAUGGCCACUAAGUUCAAGAUUGGUUGUUGUGAAUUUGUAUUGAGAGCUCAUAGCAAAGAUAACUUUUUCCGUUAGGCUACUGAACUCUUGCCUUUAUAUCCGUUUAGUUAUAUUCCCGAUAGUGCAACGGCAAAAGGAGUCUUCUUUGAAUUUGUAUUUAGGAAGAUUUUUCGCUUUCGCUCAUGCGCCUAAACCCAUUUCGAAUUCAGAAGCUAAGCGCCCUCAGGCUUGGUUAGCACUGAGGUGAGGGAUCACUCAGGAACCCCAAGUGCCGUACGUUUCUUUGUCCUGUUUUUUUCCGACUAUAUGAAAAGAGAAACCAAGUGUAAAGAGAAAUAGGUGUUUUUAAAUUUUUGUUAUUAUAGAAUACAAAAGGAAUCAUUGUUGGCCAAGAAAACUGAUUGCGAAGAAACGACAACAAAACACAUACUUGUCGAUUCAAGUGCAAAAACAAGUUGAGUUUAACCAGCAUUUUUCUUUCGAGUAUAGAAAUCUUGAGGAUUCCAUAAAGCUUGGUCAUAAAUUGUGUCCUAACAGU